AUGGCGAACGCUUGGACACAAUUCCAACCAUGGCAAAAUCAACCUUUACCUCCAGGCUGGGAGGCUAGAUAUGAUGGCAAUAUCGGAAGAUAGUAAGUAUCUUUGAAUCUAUGGUUGUUGACUCGUGAUGUAAAGUUUCGGCAAAAAAACCUGCGUUUUGAUCUGGAUGAGUCGCAAGCAUUUAAGUUCGCUGUCGUUGUGCGCGAGGCUUUUUCGAACAGAUGGCUAAGCUGAAUAUUUCUUUCUUGCGGGAAACAUAUUACUUUUGAGCUUGCCAGAGUAUGCAUCAUUUAGCUGAUUAUAAGGAAACAGUUUUAUUGUAUUUGUAGCUAACAGAUACAGGUUCGUCGUGAUUUUUAAAUGUUCUGUUUGGUUUACUCUUGGCUAAUUUCGAUGUAAAAGUUAGCCUACUAUCGGCACGAUGUCUGAAAAACUAUAUACUUCAUUAUGCAUACAGUUAUCUAAAAAAUGAGACAGUGAUGAAAAUAAAAGUUUACAUUCUGGACUCAUGUUUUCUUUAAGAAUAGUGCAAGGUUAUACGGAAAUCUUUCCCGUACAAUUUCCUCCUUUGAUCUAAGCAUCAGUGGAUAUUCUUAAAAUAUACAGGCUGACGUUUGUUUAAACUUGUCUUUAUCGUAAUUAGCGAUCAUUUUCAGAAUUCUAUGUCGACAGAUUUUUCAUCUACAAAAUAUUAGUAAUUGAAUGUGCCUGUCGAUAACAUAUUCAAAGAAUGUCAAUUUAUGCAUCUUACCUUGCAGCAGAGUUUUGAAAAGUCUAAGUUCAAUAAACAAGCAAACUAUCUCUGGUUAUAAUUUUCAUAAGUCAGACAAGCAUUUUACUCAUGGGAGAGACAGUCAGGUAUUUCUCCCUAUAAUACCUGUGAAUGCAUUGUUAAGCAGAGGGUUGAUAGGAAAAAUAUAAAAUUCUACCAAGGGAUGAAUACAGGUGAUCUGAUGGUAAAUUUCCCAGAUCCAAAAUUCUGAGAAAUGUUUGUCAGAGAGUUGUGAGAAUUUAUAUUUAGAUCUUGGGAGUGAAAGGGAAAAUUACUUGUUAGGAAAGAAAAAAUAUUGUUAUUGGCCUUUAGUGAAGAUGCUUAUUAUCAAAACUAAAUAAUGGAUUACAAAAUUAUUUUUGUUGAGAGUUAUUGUUCUUUAUGAAAUGACUGAGGUACCAUGAGUUAGUCCAAAACCUAUUGUUUAUUGCACAAGUAAACCUAUAGUUAUCUAAAAAAAGGUGUUGAACAACACUUUCUAUCAGUUUACAGGUGUAAUAACUUAGGCAGGAUGUUGGGAGAACAGAAGUCAGAAUAGUUUGUAAAUCAUUUGCUUCCAGCUUGGAUUUUUUAAGGGGUAAACUGAUAGAAAUUACAGCUUAUUGGUUAAAAAAAAUGGGGGGCAGGGGUUAGAAUUGGAAGAAAAAAGAUUGCCUGAUUUUAUUCACUUAGAACACUACAAUCAAUUUUGAAGAUUUAUUGAUUUACUUUUACAGAAGUCAUGUAUGUUUAUGAGAUAUUUCUUUUAUUGGUCAUGUUUUUACAGCUACUUUAUUGAUCACACUACACACAAGACAACAUGGGAGGACCCCAGGUUAAAGAGAACAGAGGCAAUUCCUUUGACUCAGUUUAAGGUAAAAUUAACCAUAAUUUGAAACACUAUUUGGUUAAUGGUCAUAGAUUUAAAUUCAAAUUGAAAAUUACCAUAAUCUGAACUAGGAAAAAAUAACAAGCAGCUAAUAAGAGCUCACUGUACUGAGUAAUGUUUAUUGAGUGGACUGAAAUGUAAUUUGGUCUGGAAUCAAUUGCAAGAUUUCAAAAUUAUUUGCAAGAUUUCAAAAUCAUCAGCAAGUUUUCAUAUCUAACAAGCCGACAAUUUAUAGGUACCAUAACUUGAAAUCAUAAGUUGGAUUUCAGACCAAACUUGUAAAACACAAAGUUCAAAUACCACAUUAUUACAACCAUUUGGAAAACACCUGAUCAAGUAAACACCAAAAUACAGCCUUGUGUUGAGGACUCUGGUCAAUAUUUUACUGAUUUAAUGGCUGGUUUGUGAAAAACUUGGCAUGGGCAAAAGUUGCAUUUACGGCAAGAAAAGUUGUACAUCAUAAUUUAUGAAUGAAUCAAACUCAUUAGAGCCAAUCAGACUGUAAAGAUCAACAUUGAUUUCAAAAUGGAUGUUAUGUUUGCACAAAACUUAAAUUUAAGUUUGGGAAAACUUAUAAAUAAAUGAAAACAACAUGUUUUAAGUGUAAGGCAUUAGUUUGUGUCUUAUCCUGGGUUAUUCAGAAUAAUUUUACUGAAGUCCAAAGCUGCUAUAGCAGCAAAUGGUUGUGAAAGUCCCACAAUUUUUACCCUUUAAUCACUAGAAUUUUCACCUCUAUUUAAAGUGGCCACCUCUUUUAUGCAGUCAUGGUCACCCAUAACUGAGUCCUAACAGCCUUUUGUGUUGUCUUUCACUUGUAGUGAACUGUCACUCAAAUAGAACUAAGAGUAAUGUUCCACAUAAAAUUUAAUCCAUAUCCAUCUCCUAAAAUCAAUGAUGGUAGAAUUAUUAAGCAAAUUCUUGUGCAUUGAGUGGUCAGUUGUGACAUAAAAUGAUGUUUUUUAAUUGUUUCUAUAUAUUACCAUAUUCUGUGGGACCUGUAUUAAGCAGUCACCCUGUAUUAAGCUGUUACUUAGCCAUUCCCCAUGGGUGACCUGUUAAUACUGGUUUGACUGUAUUUUUAUUUACUGUUUUUGUUGCCAUUGUGAUAUCAUACAGCAACAUUCAGCUGAUAUCUAUAAAUAAUUAUGAUCUCUCUGUAACAUAAGGCAUGAAGUCAAAUUGCAUAUUUCUUCUAGCAGUUCAUAUUGACAACUGAUUUUCAGUGUCUACAGUAUUCUGUUUUAGUAGAGCUUUGAUCUACCAGCUCACUAAACUUGAGUCUUACUUUUGUAAUAAAUAAACAUUUUAAUAACAAAACAAGUAUACUUAUUGAUUGUGCGUUAUUUAAGUUUUCAUUGUAAAUGAUUAGCCACAAUGGAGCUCCUGACAGAUACUAUGUACACUAUCAAUUGGCUUUAUAUUCUGUAGCAUGUUGGAUUGAAAAUAAUUACUUAACAUGCUUUUUUGCACAUUUGGUUAUAGGGAUCGUCAGGCAAUAGAGCUCCUUCAAAUCAGUUGGUGAGGAUGGAAUGAUACUUCUUAAUGUUACUAAGGAUAAAAUGAAACAAUAACAACAAUUUAACUGCUCCCUUGCUUAAAUUAGGAUUCCCUGUGUGUCCAGCCAGCCCCCAGUAAUCACAUUACCCAAAGGCCAACAUAUCCUUGCAACCUACCUAGAAGUCCUCAUUCCAGUCACCUGUUAACAUGAUGAAAGAAAAUAAACAAGAGGGUGGGUGAAAGAGGAGAAGGCUUGAUACAACAGCUGUCUUUCAUUCAGAACUAAAACAAAAACUGAUCUUGAGUGAUAAUAUCCAAGUGGGCUGGAAAGAAUGGAAGAAGGCAACAGAUUUAAAAGUUUGAGUAUGCUUAGAUAUCAAUUGUGGUGGACUUCAUUUCAUGAUGUAAUGGUUUGGUAGAAAGAAUAGUGAUCUUUUGAGUGAGAUUCAUUGGGUCUCCUUCUCAGCAGAAUUUCUUAAGAUUUGGUGGAAUGUUUAGCAUAUCAGUGCCCUUCCAAUUGCCAACUGAUUAAAAGAAAUUAUAAAACCAAUUUUAAGUUAGAGGGAGAGAACAAAAAUUUGCAAAAAGCAAAGAUACUGACUUUGAAAUGAUUAGCAAGACAAAUUUCACAUUUUGUGAAAAUUGUGAAAGAUUUCACCUAAGCAAAUUAGAAAGCAAUUUACCACUGGUGAGCAACUUCCUUUUCAGCAUUUUUUCUCAAUAAUGAAAACCUUUAUGCUGAUAUGAACUACAGAAAACAAUUGUCCAACCCUUGUUUAUUCCAUUUUGGUUAGUUUUGGUGAUUUUGAAGGCAGAAAACAUAAAAAAUUAUAGUAUCCAUAAUAACGUAAUGUUGCUAAAGGUGGAGCUGUUUGGAGCCACCUUAAAUGUAUGAUGGAAAUCCAGGAAAAAUUUGUUUUGGCUCAAACAUUCAAAUUAACAAAGGUUUGAAUUAAUAGGAACAUGACUUUUUGUGAUUGUCUGAGACAAAGGAAAAAUUAAAAAUUAACUGGGUUGAAAGCUCCCAACCAAAGAAACAAUGUAAACACAGCAUGGAUAUACAUGUGAGGUAUUUUUAAUUACUGUAUACUGUGCUUGAUUUUGCGAUCUUUGUCUCGAGUUGGUGGAUUGCAAAAUCAAAUAAUAAGCUAAAAGCUCAUAAUAUGAAAUGAGACAAGUACAAAAAUUAUUAGAUGAUAUAGAAUCUCAUGUUUGUUGCUGCACUGUACUAGUAUUAUAUUUAGAAGCCGAGGAGAGCUAAGAGGAACUGUGGAUUGUGUAUGUAGAUAUAUGAUGUACCGUGUCUGUCUGUUUAUGUGAAUUAUGUUUCUUUAUGAAAAAUGUAUUUAACUUUGAAUUAAUAAAAAUUAAUAAAAUACAAAAAAAAAAACUGUAUACUGUGCUUAUUAUGAAGUUGUCUCACCUUGUCUAUCUCUCAUAUUUCUUUAGGAGACCAACUUUGGGGGAGGUAGCUCUUUCCAAGCAGGUUCAUCUUCACGACCAACAGCAGCAAAGAAAGUGACUGAGGUACAGAUCAUGUGAUCAUUUGGUACUAGGAUAUAUUCCUUUCGCAUCCAUCUAGAUGGUCACUAGAAAUUCCACAGGGGAAGUGGGUUUAAAGGAAGAAAUUUAGAGGGGUGGGGGUUGUUUGUUGGGAACAUUUUUAACCAAAGGUUAGCAAACAUGAUCAAUUUGAUAGCAGUGGAUGAUUGAUCCUUGUUGAAAGUUACUCUUGAGCCUGCAUGGCAGGCCUUUGUUUUCUCUUAAAUAAACAUGAGAUUGAGUACUUCUUGAGUAUUUGAGUUGAGUAUUUGCAUUAACCCUUUUACUCCCAAGAUUUUAUCAUUAAUUCUCCUUACUUUCUGCCAUAGAAUUCUUAUGAUGUCAGUUCAGAGAAUUUGGUUUUGGAUCAACUUGUAAUCCAUAAAUUGAUCGUUUUCUUUAUUCUCACUACUUGUCUGCUUGAUAUUGUCUUCAUAUUGUUAGGAGAAAUUCUGUCUUACACACUUCAGGGAGUGAAAGGGUGAAAUGAUGGAGUCAAUCAUUUAAUGUAUUUAAUUUGAAUCAAACUGUAGUGGAAAAGGUAGAAUUCUGUUCUCUUAACAUUUUUUGUUGUCCUCAAACAACAAAAAAUAUCUCAGUCUGAAGAUGCUGACAUUACAGAACAAUGAAAAACCACUGUAUACAUUUUGUAUCAAUAUGGAAUUCUGAUGGACAAAAAUGUGUAAAUACUGUUAGUCACACCACUUUCAUGUCAUUGAAUUUUUCAGUAGUAUUUGAGUUCAAGUACUAAACCUAAUUUGUACAUGUAGAUCUUGCAAGAGGGUUGAAUGUCCAGUUAUAACAGUAUUGGAAUUUCCUUUUGGUGGGGACAGUUAAAGAUGCUCCGAAAUGGAAAUUUUAGGAAGUGGGGAAACGAAGAAUCAUCCAUGGGAAUGACAAUAUUUUUUGGAAACUACAUAUAAAUGUACACAUUAGGUGCAUGACUCAAAUAAUGUCAUGCAUUGGCUGUUACUUAAUUUUUGUUGCUUUUUUUAUCAGCCUGAGAAACCUCAGCGUCCAGCCAGUUUUACAGAUGAAGACUUCCCCGUGGAUAGUAUUCUAUCACAGAUGCUGAAGGAAGACAAGAGUGAACAGGAAAAGGAAAACGGUGAGUGUCCAUACAAUCUUGUUGUAGCUUAUGAUUGAAUGGGGAGAAUGGAGCAUAACAGAAAGAGACAUGAGAGCUUGUGUGCAUUGUUUUUGUACCUUUUUUUUUUUUUUUUUUUUCAAUUGUCACAAUUAAAUCUGUUUAUGGCAUGAAAGUGCCAGAUAUCAGAAGAUACAUCUAGCUUUUGCUGUUUAUCCUUUUGGUUGCUGUAUCACAAAGUCUCCUUUUGGAGUUGGUAUUAACCCCUAAGAGUGACCAACAUCUAAUUUCUUCUCACAAUAUCAUCCCUGAAUCACACAACAAGGUCACAAAAAUAAGGGAAAUGAUUACCAUCUAAAGAAGCUCUUGUUUGUGAAACAAAUUCUCCUCGUCAGCACCUCAGGAAAUGAACAGGAAACAGUAAAGAGAAUAUGCAUGCUGAUGUUAGAGUAUAAGGGGUUAAACCAAGGUUGAUGAAAUUGUGCUGAGUAUUUUAUUUUUGCUGGAUCAAACAGAUUUAAAAAAAUGUUAAAACAACAGAAAUUUGGAACUGUUGGUCUGGUGAUUUCCCACAAUGUGUUUUGUGAUAAUGAUCCAAGAAAGAUUUAUUCCUUGAUUUUGAGAAAUAUAUCUUUGUAAAAUGAUCAGGUGGAGCAUUAUUUUUUCAAUUCUUUUCUGAUUAAUUAUGUGUAUGUACUUCAACCAUUCACCCCUAGUGAAGAAACAAAAUUGAAUAUGAGUGCAUUCACAAAAUAAGGCCAAGAUUACUACUGACAAGAAAUGUUAUGGCAAAUAGAGUGAUUUCCUGGCUGUAAAAGAAGCAGAAUUCAAACAGGCACAUUUUAAACUAGUUCAAUGUAAAGUUCUUUAUUAGUAAAUCUGUUUGGUAUAUAAUUCAAAAUUUUUCCUUGAUGACUGAUUUCAGUGAAAAGGAAGUUAAUGGGUGAGUUCCCAGGUGUGGAUGAAGUUGUCAUAGAUGUGGCCCUUCGUUCUGUAAGUAUCUUUACUGGGAUUUAAAUAAUCAUCAGCGACAAUAUAUGUGAAUAUCUUCAUGAUCAUGGAGGAAACAUGCUUUGUGCCUUCACUGAUCAUGAAUGACCAUUGAUUGUGUUCAGUCUCAGAGAAUUCUAAGGAUUAAUAGGAAGCAAAGAACACAAUGUGGCAAUUGGUAUCAUUUUCUGGAUAAGGAUGGGAUGGUAUUCAAACAAGACAACAAAUUUGUAUAAUUUUAUGAACCUCAGGGCUUUAUUUCAAAUGGUUGCUAUUGUCAUGCACAGGUUAUACGACUGUAUUCUUUAUUCUGACUCAUAAGCCCACUUGUAAAAUGAAUAACACCUCAAUCGUUAAUGUUGUUACUUUGCAUUCAGUAUUUCAAGUUAACAUGUUGUAGUUGUGUAAAUAGGGACAAUAUCUUGAGCAAAAGUAUGGCAUGCAAGAAAUGAGUUACAUGCACUUUUUAGAACUUGCAUCUAACAAUUUUGUACAAUCUCUUCCAUUCCCAUUUGUUGAACCUGUAUCAACAUUUAAUUCUAUGGAUCAAGUAAAGCUUUGUUCUUUUCACUCAUACAUAGACUUAUUUCCAUUUACUCCUUACAAUAUUAGGCCAAGCAUGAUGAAAGGAAAGCCAGGGAAGUGAUCAAGCAACUGAAAGGUACACAUCAGUAAUAAUACAGGGUAUUUGAUUCAGGUUUAUUUUGAUAUUUCUUGAACCUCACUCCAUGUUUAUGUAUAUCCUUUGUAACUUAUUGUUUAAUCAUUGUGAUGUUUUAAUGACAGGUGAUGAUGACAAAAAGAAAGGGCCUGGGAAGUAAGUUUACAAAGCUGACCUGUAUGUACAGCUGUAUAGUUUAAGUUAAAACUUUUCAAAUGUUGCAGUGUGGGUUAGGUUCUUUCAGCAAAAAUGCGCAGGUUUUUUUUGGUCACACAGGAGUGUUUUGACUGUUUUUCUUAUAAACAAAAGACACAAAUCUCUUUAUCUCAGCAGUUUGUUCAGUUUCGUAAACAGCCAACUGGUUUGCCUGGCAAAAUGUGCCUUGAUUUUUGCAUUAAACCACCCUUAAUACUGCAUUGAAAAUCUAAAGAUUAUUUUUGUUUCCACUGGACUGUUUCAAGUGUGAGAAAGGAUACACAGAGCUUGUUUGGUACAGCAACAGCACCUACCUGUACAUAAAAAGUAACUCAGUGUAAACAUGUAAUUUGCAGAGGAAAGAAACAGACAGAAACUAAACCAAGAGCCACCAACAGUAGUGGAACAUCUAUUGCAGCUGCCUCGUCAACUGAACAACUCAAUAAAAACAAGGGUAAAGCUGCAACUAAGACCAAAUCCCCCAGUGAGGAGCUUCAUGUCAAGGCCACACCCACUUCGCCCGCACCCCAGCCAGAAGUCAAGCCACCAUCACCUGCUCCUGCCAAGGUGAAGGUAUCCUCAACUUUAGUACCUGGACCUGGUGGGCAGUCAAGGAAAAGUCCGGGGGGAGCAGCAUGGUCAACUCAAGCCCAGUAAGCGAAUCAUAUUUACGUUGUAUUUCCUAUUUAUAUUUGCAUUGGUUUAUUGAGAUAAUGCCCAAUGCCUCAUUUAUGCGCGUGAUGAAUUAUUUUGGGUGAUUUUUGUGAUAAAUCUAAUUGCACAAGCCUAACAGCAAGAUAUGACUUUCAUGCGUAUAAAUCGUUUCUUGUACAAGUGCCCGUUGCGAGAUGCUGCAUUAACGUAGGGAAAACUCUUGAUUAGAAAUCCUAUCAGCGAUCAGUGGCGGGGACAUGUCAAACGUUGAUUAGUGUUAAAUUUACAACUUCCAGUUGAACCUUGGGACUUUUUAAAAGACCCAAACCCUCGAAGGCCUGUAAUCAGAAGAGAAUUACUAUUUCAUAAUUGUGCUUUUAUAUAAGCGCGAUUUAUUGAACACGAAGCUCUUGUCAACUUUGUAAACAAAAUUUGCUUGACCUCGACUUCGGAGACCCUUUUAAAACGCUGGAAGAUCAGGCGCUUUGUAUCCCAGUUUUAAUAUAUAAGAUGAAAAUUUGAUUGAAAGAGUUCGGAUUUGUCAACUGGAUUUAAAAUACAGACAAAGCUGCUUUCAGACGAUCGUCUAAAUUGUGGGUGCAAUUGAAUAUGUCUAUCUAAAUAAGGAGAGUUUUAACUGUCAGUUAUUUCUGAAAAGGUGCGUGGAGUAGAUAGAUUAUUUGCGCCGUGUCUCUGCUAUUGUCCAAGCCGGUGAACGUGGUCAGUUUAUAUUGAGAGAAAUCCGGAAACACAGCAGCAAACAACGAGUUUUUGGCGUGACUUGAUCACGCUCUCUUACCGAGAAGUGAACUUUUUAUUUCCGGUUUUGAGAAGUUUAGACAGUUAAAAACGUUUAUUUUAUUCAGAGCAUUUUAAUCUUAAAUAAAUUUGUGUUGAUUUUAGAACAUUUCACAUAUCGAGCAUGUAGCAAAUAUUUUAGAGUCAAACUAAAUAAACCGUCAGGGGCUACUUUAAGUUUGUUGUUGACAGCCCUUCGCUACCUCUAACCGUCUUUGUCCUUUCUUGGUGUUUCAUCAUCUCUUUUGUGUUUUCUGUCUUUUCGUGUUAAUAUUAUAAGUUGUAUUCUAUUUUGAGCUGAUGGUAGUUUCUCUGCCUGUCACUAUUUGUCGCAAGUUUCUAACUUAUAUAAUCCCACUUAAAACUCAGGCCUGUUAUUACUUCGUUGUUAAGCAGUCAAAAUGGUACUGGGACUUGCAGCCGCAAGGGAGGAAAAAUGUCUCACGGAGUGAGCUCAAUUACAAGAUUUACCCUAUUAAACUCACUGGUGACACGAACUCUUUCAAAUAAAUGCUCACGACAAACAAGAACACACUAUUUGAUACGUCCUCUUAGUCUUAUUCGCUUCCAACUUCGUUUUGUUUGUUUAUUUUUUUUUUUUCUCACUUUUAGACCGAAGAUCUACCACUCUCCCCUUCGUUGUAUGCCCAGUGGACCUAAACCUGCAAAUGCACAGGGACCUAACCCACAGAUGCUGCUGUAAGUACUCAGCGCUGUAAUCUGCGAUCGUUUGAGUCGCCAUAGCGGAUAGCAAACUUUCUGGUGACUUAAUUUGCAGCGAAAGUGGCUAGUUUGGCGACCUGUACUCGGUGGUCAUGUAUACUGAAGCAAAUUGUAACAUUUUUAUCGGUUAAUGUUGAGAGCGCAAUUCAACCGAGUAUCGUGAAACAAAGACUUGUUAAUAUCACUAAAGCCGAUUUCAGGAGAGUAAAAUAACAGACGGACCUAAUGACGUUAGUUUUGUGAGCCAAUUACAGAGCGAAGUAAAGAAAAACAAAGGCAAGCCCAGAUUACUUUUGACACCCAAUUGAAAUUUGCUCUCUGGUAUUAAGUCAAGUUUGAUGAAUAAUUGCAAAAUAUUUAGCUCGAAGCUCCGUUUACUCGUUCAGAGUAGGCGUGGUUUGAGAACAAAUCGUAAAUCGUUUUCCGUUUUCUUUUCCGAAAGGCCUGAGUGGAUCCAGCCACAGGGACCACAUACGGCUAAUUAUGCGGGCCCUCAGCGAAGCAAUGUCCAGGGACCUGCUAGGCGAGCCUCAAACAGGAAAGUGCCCUUGAAUUGUGGUACGUACUAUGAAAAGGCAGCUCUUACACUUUUUCAGGGUAGUUGACCUGCUUUGGAGACACAUCUGUAGAUAGUUUUUCUUUAAGAAAGAUGUUAUUUGUCAUGUCACGAACGUGGGACAAAGAAAAGAUCUGAACCCCACUGAGGAGUCGAACAUCAGGCCUUCCUCUUACCGGCCUCGAUACUCUACCACUGAGCCACAGAGACUAUAUGUUGAACUCAGCCAUCCCUAGGUUCAUAGGUGAUUCGCGCCAGGCAUACUGCAAGGAUAUGCACCGUACAAAGUGUCGUUUACGAAAAAGAAGAGGGUGAUGGUAAAUUUUGAGCCUGGUUUGUCUUAGUUAUGAUUUGAACAUUGUUCAACAUUAAUCCAAAUCGCACCUGUGUGUAGGUUUUUGUGCAGCAUACGAAGAUAAUGAUGUGUUUUCAAACCGGCAAAGUAACGUUAAUGGGUCGAGAUUUGAACCAGACAGAUUGAUGUUUUGUCCUUUUUGCUCCCAAUGGAUUCUGCCAGGUGGUUAAAUUUGGAUAGCGUAUUUUCUUAAAUACUCAGCGACUACGAAGAAUGGCCUGCAGAAGCGGCACACCUUUGCAUUUGCCUGGAAUGAGUUUUCGCUGGCUCCCAUGAAAACGCCGAAAACCUUUUCCAUUUUUCGGCUAAUAGUAAGUUGACCUGUGUUUCUUUUUUUGAACAGGUGCUCAAGCAAGCAAUCACCAGGGCUCGAAUAUAAACUUGGUUCAUGGAUCACUUUAUGCCCAAGCUACUUUGCUGUGAAGCUUUGAAAAGCUAAUUAAAUAACACUGCGGACACAGACAGUAUAAAAGUGUUUGUUUUAGUUACUAAACAGCUGUAGAAAGGAGUAAAAAAUUUUUGUUAUAAUAACCUCUGGUUAACAAUCAGAUUAUGAGGUCGAGAUUUCUUUUGCGAUAGCUAUUGAGGGUAAAGCCCUAAUCAAUUAUUACACGUAGCAAUCGAGAGCAAAUAAUCUGUUGUAGUGUUUAUUUUUCAGUCCAAUGCUUUUCAUUUUCCCGCAGCCAAACAAUGUGAGGCUACUCACAAGCUAUCACAGAAUAGAUAGCAAGUAACGCAGCCAAUCAGAUCGCAGCAUUUGUGAUAGAAUGCUAUUUUAUUUAUACCAAUAGUCGUUAAGUGAUUACCUAAAGAUGAGACCUAUUGUUUUCUGAUGAAUGGUUUCCAUUCGAUAGAACUGUCUUGAAAACUUAACCUAUACAACUGUACCUAGUUAAAAGGCAGAAAAUUAAUCUUUUUGAAAGAAUUCAAAGACAGCUUCAAUUAAACAGCGCAAAUGAGGAAAUGGCGAAGUUGUGUGGCAUUAUGAUAGGGGCACAAUUUCUAACUGAUCUCUUGAUCCUGUUGGCCAUUGCAGUAAAACUCGACGUCUGGCUCUUUUCUAUAAAUUAUUGAAUUUGGUUCUUUUAAAAACAGGUUAAUCACCCCCUGUACAAGUUUUUAGUUGAGGUCAUGACAUCGUUGAUUCCCAAGAGUUGAUUCUGGGGCACAAAAACAUCGACGUCUGGCUCUUUUAGUUAUUCUUUAAACUUUUCGUGGCUAGCCAUCUUUUGAAAGGUGUGAUUCAGAGACAGUUUUAUUCGAUUUUAUUCCAGAGACCUCUCUAUUUCGAAAGCUUUA